UGAUAUAAAUCAUGUUAUAUCUCUGCCAGUUACGUUCAUUCUAAGUACUCAAUAGAAAUUAAUGUCUGUGCUAACUGAAUUUGGCAUAAAUGAUGGUGGUUGGUGUCAACGAGCAGGAGGAUGGAGUGAAUAUAACAGCAGUCAGCAAAUGCACUUCAUUCAGGAGGAGUUUCCACCAAUCUUUUCCGGGAACUGCCACAAUGCAUCCAGAAGUGAAGGGUAAAAGUGGUCAAUAUUUCAAGAACAGUAAUAUAGACCAAGCAAGUGAACAUGGAAGGGAUGUUAAAUUGGCCAAGAAAUUAUGGGAUUUCAGCAUUAAGAUUGUUGAAUGAGCAAAAUAGCCGAUACCUACCGUCCCUGAAUCAAAUAUAUAUAUAUAUAUUCAUCUCAAGUACUAAGUUGAUCUUCCUGUCAAACUUUUUAGAAAAAAGAGAGUAUUUAUUCGAGGAACAAUAUUACAUAUAUUUGUUGUUUUGUGCUUACAUUGUUGAUAACAGACUGCUUCGGGUGCAAGCUAUUUGGUUAA